CGACUGAACGGCGAAAGGAAAAGCAGAAAGGGGGGAUUUUAAAAAAAAAAUGGAAGUGGUAAGAUCUCAUAGGAAGCCCGCCGAAGCAGACGACGUCGUCCCUACCCUGCCUCUUUACCUGUCGGCGCCUGCUCUCCAAGUUCGACUGGAAGAUUUCGAGCUUUAUGCCGUGGAUCGCCUCAGAGUUCUAAAAGAGAUUUCGGAUGGACUAUCGCGUGGAAAGAAGUCUGAUGAAAUGGAAAAAUUGGUACGUGAGUUGUGGAAGUUGCAUAUGAGCCAUCCGCAUGCAUCUGAAGUUGUCAACAAGGACAUAAUCUCCCAUUUUGUCCUUCGUUUGGUCUACUGUAGAACGGAAGAGUUGAGAAAAUGGUUUCUUUCCAUGGAGACUUCAUUGUUUCGCUACCGUUUUCGGUCUGAAACUCAUGAAGCCCAGAGGGCACUGAUGGCAGAAUUUCAUCUCCCUUACAAAACUGUGACCAGCGCCGAAUUUGAGAAUGUGAAAGAUAAACUGAGCCAAGUUGCGCGUUCAACUGGUCAAUCCCUGUCAAGUGGUGAUGGUAUAUUCUACAAGGUGCCAUUUGAAGAAGUGCCCGAGCUUGUGGCAGGCCGCCGAGUAUAUAUUCAAAAAGGCCAAGCAUAUGUUGCAAUGAAUCAGGUGGUAUCUCUUGUUGUUACGCAGUUUCGCUUUCUUCUUUCGAAAGCACUUGUGUUGACAAACAGAAAAUGGACAACGAUGAUCAGAGAACAAGAAAAAGAUCGUUUGACGCCUCUCGUUGAAUCCUUAUCCUCGAGUUAUUUGGGUCCGGAUUAUAGUCAGCCAAGAGAAUUUACAGAAAUUUCUUUAAAAGAUAUUGACCAAGUGGCUAAGAGUUCUUUUCCCUUGUGCAUGCGUCAUCUGUUUGAGAAGUUGAGAGAGGAUCACCAUCUGAAGCAUGGAGGCAGAAUGCAGUUGGGUUUAUUUCUCAAGGGUGUUGGACUGAAGUUAGAUGAUGCUCUUGCAUUCUGGAAAGCAGAAUUCUCAAGAAAAUUUGGUGUUGAAAGAUUUGACAAAGAAUAUGCAUACAGCAUACGCCACAAUUACGGAAAAGAAGGGAAGAGAACAGAUUACACUCCCUAUUCAUGCCAAAAAAUUAUCUCUUCGAUGCCUGGUGUUGGAGAUCAUCAUGGUUGUCCAUAUCGUCAUUUCAGUGAAGAGAAAUUGAGAGCUGCCCUUGGAAGGAUGGGAGUAGGCAGUCGUGCACUAGAGGAUGUAAUGGAAAAAGUGCGAAAUAAACAUUACCAGUUGGCAUGUACUUUGACAUUUGAGGCUGUUCACGGCACAUCUUAUGAUGCUGGGAUUAAUCAUCCAAACCAGUACUUCAGUGACAGUAAAAAGACCUUAGAGUCAAGGAACAAUGCCAAUACUGCAUAAGAGCUGGAGUAUUGCAUUGUGAAAAUUAGUAAAGCUGUUUUCCAAUCAUCGGAUUACUGCUUGAGCUUGGAUGGUUAAUUUAAACCACGAACAGUUAGUGUUCGGAGGUAUUUCUUCCCACGUCAUGCAGAUCGGCUUUGGUGGAUGUACUUCCCUCACAGUUUUGAGUGGUGUCUUCGGGUUUUAGAUAUUAAAUCCCGUUUGGCCCUUGUAAACUCCUAUCCGUGUCCAGUUUUCAGGACUAAAGAGGA